CCCGGUUCUGGAUUCAUAUGCGACAUUGUGGAUAUAAUAUGUUUCGGAAGUUGCCGACCAAACAAAAUUAAGGACGUGAUACGUAUUUGAUGUAUUCGGCCUUAUCUUGUGGGGUGAAGCUAGUAUUACGUGUUUAGACCCUCCUAUGUACUGUAUGAGGUUAGUGUGCAAGCCAUAUGUUAAGUUGAUAAAAUCUGGAUUUCUCAUUCUACCUGGACUACUUUUAGGAAUAGCAUUUAUGAGCAAAUGGGCAGACACCUAAAAUGAUUGUCUAUAAAAUGGAUCCAAGUGUGUAUCAGAAUGUUGAUAUCAGUUAAUAACACAAUUCCACAAAUAUGGAUACUGAAUUAACCAAUGCCGCGAAGCAAUACCAACGUUUGGCAGCAGUAGCCAAAGUAAAGAAAACAGAAAAAGAACCUAAAAAUAAUUUAGAGGUGUCACUAGAUUUGCCAAAUCUUAAACCGGAGCUGGGCGGUACGCAUAAUAUUCUGGAUCGCCCGAACAGAAGGAAAUCUGGAAAAGAGCUACCCAAAAAUAAACAACAAGCAAGCCAUGAUACAAAUGAAGAGAUUACUGAUCCCUAUAUGAAUACUGAGACAUCAGUACCUCUGAUAGAUGAACUCGAUAAGGUAUCUGACGACAACAAACUCUCCGAAAGUAAGCCAGAGGUCGACAUAUUUAAUGAUAGUGAUUUUGACACCGACGUAGAGGAAAAUGAAGAAAGUGAACUGAAAAAAUAUCGGUCGACACCUUGCAGAGAGCUUUACAUAAAAAUCUGCAACAGACUCAAUGUAAUACCAAUUGGGACAAUUCUUAGUGCGUUGUCGGGGAAACAAGACGGUGUUACACAACCUUGCUCAGAGAUCAACCUGAAGAAUAGGUGUAUCGGAGAAAAUGACAUAAUCGCUCUUUCGAAUGCAUUGAUGAUAAAUUCGACGAUCAGUAAACUUCUUUUGGACGGUAACUCUAUAGAUGCAAAUGGAGCUUACCAUCUCAGUUUGAUGUUUUAUGAGAACGUUUUCAUCAGACAACUUGGUGCUGCUAACAAUUCCCUUAAAGGCAAAGGUGUAGAUAUAUUAUGCGAGGUUCUGCUUGAGAACACGUUCCUCUCCAGAAUCGACCUCUCCGGAAAUAAGUUAGAUGACCAAGAUGCGGUGACGUUGGCAAAGGUUUUGCAGGAAUCUUCGACUCUUUACCAUCUGGAUUUGAGUCAUAACAAUUUCACGGACAAGGGAGCUAUUAACCUGGGACAUGCAAUAGGUUUAAAUGAUGCCCUUCGCUAUCUAAACAUUAGCUGGAACAAUAUAAGAUCGAAAGGUGGCAUCGCAAUCGCUGAUUCAUUGAAGAAUAAUUGUGUCUUAAAAACACUUCAUAUGUCGAUGAAUGGAAUCUCAAAUGAUGGUGCCCUUGCCAUGGCAAAAGCCCUGAAGAUAAACACUGUAUUGAAUGAGCUUGAUAUUAGCAGCAAUAGGAUCCACGACAUAAGCGCCAUGACGUUUGAAAAGGCGUUUGAAGUGAAUGAAAGUAUCAAGAUAUUCAAGAUAGGAAAGAAUCCCGUGACCAGCGUAACCGCCAUUUCUAUCUUGAAUGGACUUAGGAAAAAUGAAAGCAAGAAGAUCACGCUUUUGGAUAUGACGGGUAUACAUGUCCAUGUGGGUGUUACAAAGUGCAUUGAUAUAAUUAAAGAUACAAAGCCUGACUUUAACAUCAUCCUGGGUGGAGUCUUCCAUUCAAAUAUGCAAUUUGGGACCGGCCACAAAAAUACGACAGAUUAUGUGUCUAACCCCAUACAUGUGUUGCGCUGGUUCAUGGCAUCAAGGAACUUGCGGCUCAUCGACCUUUUUAAGAAAUUCGAUAAGAAUGGAGAUUGGAAGAUAACUAAGAAGGAAUUUAGGGAUGGGAUGAGAAGCAUCAAAGUGCCAUUAACAGAGGCUCAACUCGAACAGUUGAUGGCUACGUAUGACAAAGAUGGCGACGGUUCAGUCGAUUUCGGAGAAAUGGCGCUGGUGGACGCUGAGUUACGAAGGAAGGCAAAGCGAGAGGCCGAUGAAGCAGUCGGUGUUCAGAUGACACAGGAACAAUUCGAAGAACUUGCAGCCCCGAGUAUUACUACUAAUCUUAAAAUGACUGAACCACUACACAAAGAAGAGAUUAUUCUUAGGACUCAAAAGGAAGAUACGUGAUAUUAGGACGGUUCACAUCAUGGUUCCCAGGACAAUGUUAAUUCCAGGCAUUUCAAAUUCUUAUCUUCGCCUAAAUAACAAUUAAUAAUAUUUGGAUUACUUUUAUC